AUGUAUCUCCGCCGCGCUUCCUCUCCGCCAUGCCUCCUCUCCUGGAUGAAGCCUCCUCCUCUCCCUGCUCCUCCUCCUCCUGACCUGUCCGUGAAGCCGUCUCUCCUCUGGUCACUCUCCCUCUCCGGUGGUCUCUCGACAGAUUCCAUGGCGCCUCAGAGGAGAAGGUGUCCGAAUCUGUCGGUUACACUCCCGGAGCUGUCAGUGCUAGAGUGUGAGUCUCCGGUACAGCUGUGUCCACACCCUCCUCCGGACCCAGAUCCAGAUCUAGAUCUGCCGCACCCAGUUGUUUCUUCUCCUCCAGAUCCGCCUGACCCUCCAGAUCCCGCAUCCUCCUGUUCUACCGGCCUUGGUCUCUCCGCUACACAAUUUACCUUUCCCUCUUUGUCUUGCCAUCUCCUGCACUCGCUGAAUCUCCAUGUCCCCUUUGCCAUGAUUGUUGCCGUUGCUGGCGAUCCUCUGUCGAAGUCACGGGAGCUCUUCCUCGAUGUCCCUCUGCCGCCGUUUCUGCAGCUUGUCGCUCGGACACUAGGCCGCAGAGUUGUGUGCUACAAAUUCAACUCCCUUCCUCUCCAGUCAGGCUCAUUCUACCUCAGUAUGAGUCUCCCCUUACCUCAGUAUGAGGAUGUUACACUUUCCCUUUGCCGUCUUUUACCUCUGUUUGAGGUCGCUGUUCAAGAUCUCCAGCCAAUUUCACUUCCAUCCAUUGUUUUUAUGGUAUGGUUAGCUAGAGUUGUGAUGGACUUAGAUUUUGCUAGAAGCAUUCGGUGUUGCUCUUGCGUUAGCCACUUAUCUACUAACGGUCGUUUGUUAGCUCCAGACUUAGUUGCUGGAAAGCUUGCCCUAUCAACUGCUCUUCUUGAAGCAGCCUUUGCUGGACUCAUAGUAUUGGAUGUGCUAUUCGACUCCCAAAGUCUCAACCUUCCUUUGAUUUCUAAAGAUGAUGCAGCAUCUCCCUCCAAGCAGGACUCAGAGGAUGAAGACGGGUGGUCUCUAUUCUAUUCAAGUCCCACAAAUAUGGCAAUGCAGGUUAAUGAAAAGAAGUCUGUUGGACAGGAGGCUUUUGCUAGAAUUGCUCCGGUUUGUCCUGCCAUUGCAUAUGCUAUAACUGUUCAUAAUCUUUUUGAUGCACUGACAAGCUCGUCAGGCCACAGGCUUCAUUUCCUCGUAUAUGACAAAUACAUCCGCACACUAGAGAAUGGAAAGAGGAAAGACGGGAAGAGGAAAGAGGAAAGAUCAGAUUGGCCAUUGUUUGGGAUCAAGGAAAUGAAAUCAGAGUCUUGUGAGCAACAGACUAGUGCUACUGAGGAAGAUUAUAAUGAAAUAAGCAUAGAUGAAUAA